GCAGGCGCAGGGCAAACGGUCGGCGCGGAAGAUUUUGAGUUUCCAUUGAACGGACAGAGGCAGAGUUUGGGAGGGGAUUGUGUUUUUAAAGUUUUUAGCAAUGUAGACAUGGCGACGCUGCUAAACCUGUCGGAUUCGGACCAUUCGGGUCUGAGCGAUCAGUCUGUGUCGACUCGGAGCAGCAACCGGAGUCUGAGAAUCGCAGAACAGGAGAGGAGGAAGAACGAGGCGGAGGACCCCUUCGUUUUGGCCUUGAAAUAUUUCUCUGAAGUGGAAGCAGGCACUCCUGUAACUGGGAACGAUGAGCUGGAGAACAAUCUGAUUCGGGUGGAGAAAGUGGCGUUCAGCAGGGGUUUGUCUCCAGAAGCCAUUUCCGUCAUGCUGGACUUUGCUAUGAGCCUACGCAUGGGCAGCAGUCCAUGUGCUCGGGUGCUGAAGUGUCUGCUUCCCGCUUCGGCGGUGCCACAGGAGGCUGUGGUCCGAGCCAUAGUUUGGCUCACUGUUCGGAAAUUACCCAUCAGCACUCAGGUUUUAUUUAUAAAAUGGGUGCUGACUGUUUUCGACAUGAUCGAUGCGAAGGACAAGCUUCGAGCCAUUUAUGGCUUCAUCUUCAGCUUCGUCACAGACGAGAAUCUGUGCCCUUUCAUUUGCCACUUGUUGUAUCUUUUAACCAGAAAGGAAAAUGUGCGUGUCUUCAGAGUCAGGAAGCUACUGGAGCAGCAGUCGAAACUGGGAAGGCAGCCUUACCUGCUGUACCUUCUGUCUCUCUAUAAAGUGUUUUGCCCUGAGCUGGUGACGCUCUCCAUACCAUCCCGGAUGAAGAGUGGGUUUAAGAAUCACAUUUCCCCCUGGAAGUCGGCUCUAGUCGGAGUCCAGAGGAGGAACGGCAUGCAGGUCGCCUCCAGCAUCAGUCUGGCCUUCGCUGUCAGAGAUAAAACCGCCUCUCGGAAAAGGAAACACGGCCACCUGGAGCUGCCGUCUCUGAGCCCCGUCACCAUCAAGGAGCCCCAGGCGGCGCAGGGCUCCAGUAGGAAUCUGGUUCCUAUGCAGCAGAUCCAGUCCUUCGCUCAGCUGCUGCAAAACAUGCAUCGCAUCGAGCUGCCGGCUCAGAUGGGCUCUCUGCUGGGGUCCAGUCUGGCUCUGCAGUAUCUGGACUGCGUGCAGGAUGAGUCGGCCCUCCUGCGACUCAACUUCUGGCUCGGCUACGCUCUCCACGAAGAGUUUUUGUUCUGCAGCGAUGGAGGAGCCAAUAAGAACCCGGAGGAAGCGCUACAGUUUUUAAACCGGUUGCUGUCGGCGCAGCACUUCCUGCAGGAGGGGUUUAACAGUUCUGAUGCCUUCCUGUUCAAAUUCCUGAACGUUUGGGACGGAUCUCUACUGCGUCCGCAGAUCCUCGGCCUCCUGAGCAACAUUCCCGUCAUUCCGAGCUCGCAAAUCAAGGCGUUGCUGUUCGAUCCUCUCAUGCAGCUUUUCUUCACGUCCUCGCUGUUUUUUAAGUGUGGACUGAUUGAGUGUUUAAACCACAUGCUGUUAAAGUGGCUGACCUGGCACUCUGCGUACGCGCUGGAAGAUGACCUCGACAUCAGCCUCAACAGCCACACGUCCAUAAACAUAACCCUGUCAGGGUUCAAGGACUCUGUGAUGGAGCUGGUUCACUUCGUGGGUCGGCUGGCCUCCCUGGGCCUCCAGCUGGAGGGCUGCCACUCUCUCUUGCUCAGCUUCAUUCUGGAUUUCUAUGAGACAGUUUGUGACACUUUCCUGAAGUUUGGCCUUCCCCUUGUGGUCAUGCCUCCUCCAGGAGUUUUUUACCCGGCCUUUUUUGCUGCCGACCCCGUCAGCGUGGACAGACUGGCCUUCAUCAUGCACAGGUACAAAGUGAACCUGACGUCCGCCAAGAGGCAGGAGAAAGUGACUGAGCAGGCCUUUCACAUCAGCCGCCAGACUUUCCGGGAGUUUAACCGCUACCAGGUGUUCCUGGUGAACUGCCUGUGGAAUUCCAACAUGUGCUACCCGGAAGCGGAAGUGCGUCUGUCCGACGAGCUGCUCGCCCAGAGCGGCGUGCCGCAGUUCUCGACGCGCUUCGACCUCAUCCACCACCCGGCCUUCGUGAGCUACGCUCUGGACUUCCACCACAAGUGUUGGCCCGGCAGAAAAGAAACGGACCUCAAUUCCAUCAAGCAAACCAAGCCGUGGAGCUGGUACCUGGAGUACCUGUUCACCCAGGGCUUCGACGGCCUGAAAGACUUUUUGCAGAAUAACAUCAGCCGGAGAGUAAUGAUAGGGGGCGACGGGAGCGAAGACGGGACGCAGAGCCAGGAGCUCGGAUCUGCGCCACAGAUAAAACAGCCACUAUUAUCUUAAGGAUUUGUUUUAAAAGACAUGUACAUAUUUAAUCCCUUCUGCUUCCUGUAAGUCCUUUUACUGUACAUAUUUUUCAUGAUGCUGGUGCACUUUUAGUUGUUUACGAUGCAUGCUAAUAAAGUGUUUAUUUUA